CGUCAGCCCACCUCUCGGUCCGUACAGUAUCUAUACACUACUGUCAAAGCCGGCAGUUGUACAUGUGUUCGGGGAUACAACAGACUUGUGUUAUAUAACAGGUUACGUGAUCUGUGUCAAUCAGUUGUUUUAUUUCGUGUCGGAUACUUGUUUGUGUUUACUUGGACCACAGGUGGACCGAAUCAGACCCAAGACGAACUGUAAAAUAGCGCCACAGCCUACACCGCAUGUAAACAUGUGACCGACAUGUGUGGUACACGUAUAUUUAUUACCUGUACAGUGUAAGAACCUUCUCUCAAAAUCAGAAUUUAUUUACAAAGCCACAAAGAUGCCUACACCAAGCUGGCCGAAUGCUGGCAUAGGACCCGAUGGGUUCUCGUUUCCAUCUACAUUCCAAGAUAGUUUUCACAAGCCAGUCCAAAUUGAUGAAGACGUCGAACCUGAAAACACCAACGAAAGAAACUCGGAGCAAAAUAGACUGGAUAGAGUUCGAAAAGGAUCUGCCUUGAUCAUCAACAUUCCACAGUCUAGCGGUUAUGACAGUUAUGACGAAAAUCCGAAAAGCAUUAAAUCAAAUAUGCUUAACAUGGAUAUUGAACAAAAUAAUACUGAUGAUAAUCAACUUGAACAAAAACAGUUUUUAGAUUCUGCAGACGGACAAGGCGAGGCCGAAAGACGGAAAAAGAGGAAGAUAUUUAAAUGUUAUUUGUCUAAAUGUAGAUUAGCGUUUGCUUCAGUGGCAGGGAUCUUUGUACUAUUCAUUGUGAUAUUUGGAGCGAUUUAUUUAGCAAAACAUUUGGAUUCUGAUGAUGACAAGGAUAGUGAUGACAUUUCCACAAAACCACUUCAAGUUGAUAUUAAUGAUAUUGUUACAACACCAAAACCUCCAAUUAACACAGACAUCUCACCCUCGAAGGAUCCCAACCACCCAGUAGUGGCGAUUAAGAUGGUUGUGGACGAAAAUUAUGCACAAAACGGUAAAGGUCACCUAGUGCUGUGGAAAGCACCCCAGGGUAAACACGUCCACCAGGGAAUCACCUAUAACAACGGCUCCUUCACAGUACCGGUCGACGGGUUCUACAGUUACAAAUCCACUCUCAAAUUUGACACCCGCAAAGACAACUUGGAAUCCGAAAAAGAACUCCAUUUCCACCAUUGUAUUAACAUCAAUGGCACACAGAAAAGUACUUGCACAACAAAUGGAAUUCCAGUGAAUGCAAUUCGAACCAAUACCGCGCAAGAUUCUUGGGUGUACAUACGCGCAGGACAGGAAGUGUACGUCACAAUUAAUAAAGUCGGUUUUAUUUCGGAUUCAAGCGACAGCAAUACAUUCACAAUGAGUUUACAUUCGGGUUCGAAGGAAUCUCGGUGAGCCACUUCCGGUAAUCAUCCUAAAAAACGGAUAUGUGUAACUCUUUACUGAUAUGAAAUCGACUUCCCCGUCGAUGAGGUUGCCAUAGUUACUUCCGGUAAUCAUCCUAAAAAACGGAUAUGUGUAACUCUUUACUGAUAUGAAAUCGACUUCCCCGUCGAUGAGGUUGCCAUAGUUACUUCCGGUAAUCAUCCUAAAAAACGGAUAUGUGUAACUCUUUACUGAUAUGAAAUCGACUUCCCCGUCGAUGAGGUUGCCAUAGUUACCGAGCGCUGCAAUUGGACAUCUUGGCAUUAUUCCAGAAAAUGAAGGUCAUUUCAUAUUGAAAUUGACUCCAUGAUGACCAUGCGUCAGUUCUGCGCAGUGCAGAAAAUGUGACGUGAUGGCAUCACACAAAGGUCGGUGGAACGUACUUUUGACUCGCUUUUCAAGCAUUUUUCGUGUUGUAGACGAAACUCGUGAAAGAGAUCUGUCAAUUUAAGUAUCCGUCCUUAAGGAAAUGGAUGCCUUCUUUUCCAGGACCGGAAAAAAACAUUGACCUUUGUUUUCUAACAGACUUGUGAAAAGCGCAGUCGGAGAACUGACAUUUGAACUGUGAUUUUAUAAAUCACUUGGCUUGAAGAGCUCUGAUCAAUAUACAAUUGAUUGCCUUGAAAAAUCAAACAUUCAUUCGUUGCGAUUUUAUUUGAAACCUAGUUUUCCAUAAAACUGAGAACCUUUCCAAGGAAUUGAUGUUGGUUGUUAACUUGUCAGCAAGAGCUGAUAACUCUGAAAAAUAGCAUUAAAUCCGUAGUUAUUUCGAAGACAGCUGCUGUUGCGGAUGUUGAAUGUGUACGAUCAAAACUGGACAUUGCGUGUCUUGGGCCAGCAAAUAAAUCUGUUGCAUGCAAUGAAUGAAAAUAG